GGGGUUUAUCCCCUCUGUGCUGCUUCUUGCACACAGAGCGAAGACAGAAAACCACAGGCCUUUAAAUAGAUGACUGAAAAAGAGAAGUGUGAAGUGGACAGAGAUACACGCCGGUGGACAGUGGGUGAAAAAGCAAGAGAACAGAAGUUUACAUCAGUCUGUAAUAAAGCAGAAAGUGGCAGAGGAGAGGCACUCCAGAUAACACUCAGAGCCGGGCUAACCUGGGAUUUACUCGCAGCUGCAGCUUCACAAAGCAGGACACCAAAGACGAGGACAGGAGGAGGAAGAGAGGAACUGUGUGAACAAGGAAGAGGUGAAGCACUCGUAGCCAAAAAAAGGGGUCGCCAGCCAUGGGGAACCUCAUUAAGGUCCUUGGCAAGGAUUUAGAGAACUGUCCACAUUUUUUCCUGGACUUUGAAAAUGCCCAGCCCACGGAGGCAGAGACAGCCGUGUGGAACCAGGUCAGCGCUGUGCUGGAGGAGGCUCAUGGGAUCCUGGCCGAGCUGCAGUCCUACAAUGGCGCGGGCCAGGAGAUACGAGAAGCCAUCCAGAACCCAGGUGACCUUGCUCUGCAGGAGAAGGCCUGGAACGCAGUCUGCCCCCUGGUGGCCAAGCUGAAGAGGUUCUACGAGUUCUCCCUCCGACUGGAGAACGCCCUGCGGAGCCUGCUGGAGGCGCUGACGAGCCCACCCUACGCUCCCAUGCAGCACCUGGAGAGAGAGCAGGCCCUGGCCAAACAGUUUGCUGAGAUCCUUCACUUUACGCUCAGCUUUGAUGAACUAAAGAUGACAAACCCUGCCAUUCAGAAUGACUUCAGCUACUACAGGAGGACCAUCAGCAGGAACAGGCUGAACAACCAGCAGCUGGAAGCCGAGAACGAGGUAAACAAUGAGAUGGCCAAUCGGAUGUCCCUGUUCUACGCCGAGGCGACGCCAAUGCUGAAGACUCUGAGCAACGCCACCACCAAGUUUGUCUCAGAGAAUAAGACUUUGCCCAUAGAGGACACCACGGACUGUCUGAGCACCAUGGCCUGUGUGUGUCGUGUCAUGCUGGAGACUCCGGAGUACCGCUGUCGGUUCACCAACACAGACACCAUGCUGUUCUGUAUGAGGGUGAUGGUUGGUGUCAUCAUCCUCUAUGAUCACGUUCACCCUGUCGGAGCUUUUGCCAAGACCUCCAAAAUUGAUAUGAAGGGCUGCAUCAAGGUGCUGAAAGAGCAACCGUCCAACAGUGUGGAGGGACUUCUGAACGCACUGAGGUAUACAACACGGCAUCUAAAUGAUGACAGCACCUCCAAACAAAUCAGGGCCCUCUUGCAAUGAGCAGAGGAGGAGAGAGAGAGGAAGAGAGGGAAGGUGUGCACUUGGAGAAGGAGGAAGAAGAAGAGGAGGAGGAGGAGGAAACAAACACCAGUGGCUGAUGAACCUGUUUGUUUACAAUGAACAAAGCAACCUGAUGAUAAUAGGAAGAGGAAAGUAAUUAUAUAUAUUGUCAGCUGUCCAUCAUUCUGUCUCUCAUUUUGUAAAGUAAGAAAAGAGAAAAAAAGCCAGAAAAGAAAAUAUAGAUAUAUAUUAAAACAAGUGAAACACACAAGCAGCAGAUGAAAAAUAGGUAGUUUAAAGAAGAAGCUAUAUUGGAAAAAAAAUUUAAGGUCAGAACUUGAAGUUAAGUGAUAAUGUACAAAAAAAAAGGGUUCAUGUUCCAACGGUAGUCUGACAAGUAUUUUUGCACACACUUUGAAAACAACGCCAUCUCCUCUGGUCCCAAACUGGUUCCCGCAGACUUUCCCCACGGCCCCCCCCUCACACGCUCAGAUUUGCCAGCACGGCUCGGCCUCCUUCAGCUGCACCGAUCUCCACCCAGUGAGGCAUUAUGAUGGAGACACGACUCCGGAGAUUUGCUUCCACCUGUUUUCCUUUCUUUUCUACAUCGGUGCAGCUGAAGGAGAGGAGGCACACGUGUUUUUCGGACGCUUUCAUUUUGACCGCAUUUUGUUCCCCCGUUACCCAUCACCCCCUCUGCCCACCCGAUCGAUCCCUCCAUGCGUUUCUUUCCCCUUGGCACAACAAUAACCCAUCGCCCUUAACGCUGUACAUGUUCCGGCACAAAACAUCUCAUGAGUCCUCUGGCUUUACUUGAACAUUGUUCACCCUUUCUCUUUCUCUCCAUGGUGCUAAUGUGGUUUAGAUAUCACAGUCUGAGCUUUGUUAGAUCUCACUUGGCAGGAAAACCAAGGGUUUCUUCAUCCUCCUGUUUGCAUUAAUACGUAGAAACUCAUGUUGUUAUAUCAGCAGAUGACCUCUCAGCUUUUCUGUGGUUUCAUCUUAGUGCACAAACUGGGACAAAUCUGAGUAGGAUCCAUUUAAGUCAUUCUAGCACACGUGCUUCUUCACCCAGUGCCAAAGCUGACUGGUUCACGCUCGAAAUACAUCAUCACGCCAAGGAUGGAGGAGGUGGGGUUGAGAGGGGGGUGGAGUCUUGUAAAAUAAACUGGAAAAAAAUCACAGAUCCUCAUCAUUAGAAUGAUAGAAUAACACAAAUCAGAAGGUGGUGCACAAAUGUGCACACAUGCCUUUCAGGAGAGAUAUCCGAGUUUUCACCGUGUAAAUAUGUGAGGCUUUUUCUCAACGGGCAUCUCCAUGGUCAGCGCGGGUCCUCGAGGAAAAACACGACAAACAUCUGCAUACAACUAGAGUUCUUUUGUUUCGUACAAGGUCGAUGAAGUUGUUGAAUAAGUGGGGAUAUCAAAAAAGGAGAAUAAAAAAGACUCAAAGGGAGAUUAAAAAUGAAGUGCUGUACUUUGGAUGUCUAUAGCCCUUAGUCUAAUUUCAUUUGAUCUUAUAAUAUAUUUUCUAUACAGGGGUAUGUGCACAAGCAUAUUCUGUAUAAAUAUAUAGAUGGCAUGUUGUAAAAGUUCUGACAGAAAUGUGUAAAUAAGGUGUUUUUAUUCAUUUUUAAUUGUUCAGUGAUGCUGAAAUUGGGUAUGUGUUGUCUCUCAGAAUUACCAUGCGUUUGGCUUGGACCAUCGGACUUGCCGUAGUCGUAGGUUUCAGAACUUCAGCUUCAUUAUGGCGAAAGAACCGGAG